UAUAGCUCAAUUUGUCGUUUCCGGUGACUCUGGAGAAUGGAUUUGUUUUGUGACCUACCAGAACCAACUGUGACUGCAAGCAAUGACUUCCAAACUGGAGCAGAUGGAAAGAACAACAAGGAGGGAAAGGUCAACCAGGAGGGAGAAAGAGGAGAAAAAAGAAAAGAAAUGACAGAUAUAUUUUUAGACAAGACCAUCAGCAGGACAAAAGCUUCUGCUCCAUUUGUCGUUUCCGGUGACUCCACAGCGAAUCGAGAGAAACUGGAUUUGUUUGGUGACCUACCAGAACCAACUGUGACUGCAAGCAAUAACUUGCAAACUGGAGCAGAGGGAAAGGUCAACCAGGAGGGAGAAAGAGGAGAAAAGAGAAAAGACAUGACAGAUACAUUUUUAGACAAGGCCAUCAGCAGGACAAAAGCUGCUGUCCUGUUUAGACUGAAGGGCUAUGUGGCUGAGAGACGUGGAGAGAGAGGAGAAAUGCAGGAUGCACACAUUCUGAUUGAUGAUUUUACACCAGAAUUAAACAAUCUGGAUCCGUCUAUUGUACGUGUGGCUCUGUAUGCUGUCUUUGAUGGCCACGGUGGCGCUAGGGCUUCCAGGUUUGCAUCCGAGCAUUUGCAUAAAAUUCUGCGAGAUAAUUUCCCUAAGGGGGACAUAACCCAGGUUGACAAAGAGAUAAAAAAAGUCUUUGUGGAGACAUGCAAAAGAACUGAUGAUGAAUUCCUCAAGCUGGCAACUAGGAGUAAACCAUCUUGGAAGGAUGGCACAACGGCAUCCAUUGUUCUGAUAGUGAAUGACACCGUCUACACGGCUAACCUUGGCGAUAGUCAGGUGUUCCUGUGUCGAAGGAAAGAAGACAAACAUGUGCCUAUCCACUUGACCACUGUACACAACCCAUCAUCGUAUGAGGAGCGAAUCAGGAUACAGAAAGCUGGAGGUUCUGUCAAGGAGGGCCGUGUAAUGGGAGUCCUCGAUGUAUCGCGAUCCAUUGGUGAUGGCCAGUACAAGAAACAUGGCGUCACCUGUUUACCAGAUAUGAAGAAAUGUCAGUUAACCACCAAUGACAGGUACCUUGUGAUCGCCUGUGAUGGUUUAUGGAAAGCUUUCUCACCCGAAGAAUGUAUCAAAUUUACAAACUCCAUUUUAGAGGAUGAGCGUUUACAGGGCACAGAUGCACAGUCGGCCAUUGAUAUUAAACUGGACAGUGCGGUCAAGAAAUUGGCCAACACGGCAGUGUUAAGACUGAGUUCGGACAAUGUGACUGUUAUGGUAGUGGACAUUAGGGACUCAAACAGCUGAUAUGAUAAUUUCUGCAGUGACCAUGACCAAAGGUCAUUGCAGUGACCAUGACCAAAGGUCAAGUUCAACUUUAAAUAUACAAUAUUUCAUGGAUGAGCAUCUUGGAAGGGAAGGUUAUAAACGUUAUAAAUGUUUAAGUCGUUAUUUAGAAUUAAAAAAGCAGGUUAUUGUUUGGAAUAAAAAAAAGUGAAGGUCAAAAUCUAAAUAUUACAUAUAAAGACCAUUUUAUGGAAUAGCAUUUUGAAAGGAAAUUACACAUUCCUGAUUCAUGUUUAGAUCAUUGUUCAUAGUAUUCAAGUGAAUAUUGUAUAUCGGGAUUGGGAGAACUCUCACCCGAUGAAUUUUUUUUCCCUUUGACAGGUACAUUCGUGUUUGUCUAGUGUAAAUUUCACCCUUCACAUGUAAUAACAGUAUACCAGGUACAUGUAAGGUAUGUACUGUACUACUAUUUACUGCCAUGACAUGGUAAAUUUGCCCUCAAAUCUAGAGGGCAAAAAAGGCGAAAGUGAAACAGUUGUUAAACUUGCUGGUAUGUAGUGUUUAAGAGGCAACCAUCUGAAAAAUCAUGAAUAAUCUGUCAUCCCGUAGUACAGUACAGUAGUUCAAAGGUCAAAGCCUAAAAUUAGAACCUGUGAAACAGAUGAAAAACGAAGGUAAAGACCGUUGUUAAAGGCUUUCUCUAUAGGUAUGUAAUACAUCUAUUGUACAAUUGUGUGUUUAACUUAUUGGGCCUUGUAUUCAUAAACCCGUUCUCAUUGUCAAACUUCAGUAAUGUGCUCAAAUCAACUUCCUGGUUCAAAGUGUAAUUGAUUAACAAUGAAUAGCAGACAGCUACAAGUCUUUGCUAAUUACAAAAAAAAAGAAAAAUUAACUAAAUUUAUCUCGAACUAAAAUUUGGAAUUGGCAAAAAUCAUGUUUGAACAUGAGAAUAGUUUUAUCAGUUAACAGUCUUAGUGGCAAAAUCGCACAAAACAGAUAUCCUCUAAUUUAUGUUUAUAUUGAAAAUAAAUUGAUAGCUAUAAAAUUU